AUGUCUCUCAUCAAUCAAUACCAUUAUUUCCCUCGAUCGCGAGCUUUGCCACCGGAGCAUGAAGAAGCGCAAUUGCUGUUGAGAGAGGAGCUGGGAUUCGAAGACAAUGACCUAGCAAAGCAACAGCCGAAGAGGCCUACCAACUUCCUAGGUUUCCUCAGCGGUCCACAGCCUCCACGCCCACAAAAGAUAAAGCCCUUCUUCCCUUCCCUUCAGGAAAGCCCGGCCAGACUACUGGAAUGGCUGCUGCCGCGCCGAGAACACCAGAGCUUCGCCCUCAAUGCGGUUUUGGUUGUUUGGCUUCUAUUGUUCGUAAGUUUGCUGACUACGGAGUUGCCCACAGUCGACGGCGAUAGCAAGUAUGUAGUCAACCUAGACUGUGCCGACUCGCUCUGGAAACGCAAGAACGGGUGUGGUGUUGAUGGCGUGAAUUGUCAUCCUUUCAGCAACUCCUCAUUCGCAUUCCGAUGUCCGUCAAAGUGCGCGGAUGUGCAAUUAUUGAACCCACACGCCGUUGGUGCGUACGAUGCGAACUACCGCCCACUGGUUAUCGGCACCGAAACGUAUCGAGGAGACAGCUUCGUCUGCGGCUCGGCUAUACAUGCUGGAAUCGUCGGCAAUCGGAACGGCGGCUGUGGUCGUGUGAACUUGGUUGGCGAGUACGGCGACUUUGCAGGUACUCGACGUCAUGGUAUUCAGUCCAUUCCAUUCGACUCCAACUUUCCGCUAUCGUUCAAUUUCACUCAAAACACACAGGGGUUCAAGUGCAGCAGCGAGCCCCGUUCUGUACUCCUUUUCGUGUCACUAAUGGUCACGGUCAUACUGUCUCUGUUUUCGACCAAGUCCAAGAUCUUCUUCCCGAUCUUCGUCAUCAUGUUCGCACACGUCAGCUUCGUGUCCGACCCGCCACAAGCCUCAUACCAGAAUACUACGGUUCUCUCUGAUCACCUCUCAAUGUUUGCGAAGAGACUGCUUCCAGCAUUCUUCGUCGCCGUCAUCAUUUGGAUGACCGUGGUAAAGCGCACCUUGUCUGGACUCAACGCUCCUAUCGAGAAGACCAUACUCUGGCUUGGCGGCUUCUGGAUAGGAGCAUUAUCAAACUACACGUUUGAAUGGAUCCCGAUCUCGCGCCUCACCGCACACGACCUGGAGCAGCAACCGGGAGCUAAACUAGCACUGGCCGUCAUAAUUGGAACACUUUCGGUCAUCGUAGUGGGCCAAGUCUGUUACUUCUGGCUUGAAGGACGACUGCUGAAGUAUCUCGGGCUGUACGGGCUGUUCGUUCUCGCCAUCAUGGUCUGCCUUGCCAUCCCAGGUGUCAAUCUUAGGAUCCAUCACUACAUUAUCGGUCUAUUGCUGCUUCCGGGAACAAGCAUGCAGACACGACCAUCGUUGCUAUACCAAGGCAUACUACUCGGCCUGUUCGUCAACGGUAUAGCGCGCUGGGACUUCGACUCUAUUCUCCAAACGACUGCAGCGCUGCGAGGGGACGGCAAGUUCAACUCAGUGGUACCUGCAAUCAUUGAGCCCAUUAUCAACUCCAGCACUACUGAGGGUCUGUUGGCAUCGUUCUCUUGGAAGUUCUUGCCUAACGGCAUCGAUGGUAUCAGUGUCCUGGUCAAUGAUGUAGAACGCUACCGUGCUUUCUCCGACGAGAAAGCAGGUGGUGGUACGUUCGAGUGGAAGCGGCCACUUGAUGUGGCGAUGAACGAGUAUUUCCGCUUUGCUUUCAUCAAGAGUGGACGUACAUUGGAUUACUCAAAAGCUGGACUGCUCCUGAGCAAUGGUACAUGGACUGCUUAGGAUGCUCCCUUGAUUGGCCACUGGGUACAAGGGAAAUGAUCGGAUUCAUAAGGUCUUUCAAAGGUCAUCUCUUAUUUCACUAGAGGGCGAUUCACACAAGACGUGUUCAGGGGCCUCGGCCGAACAGCGAUGCGUCAGGGUCGUUUCUAGAAAUGAGUGAAAGACGGAGAGCUGUAUUUACUGUUGCAAUUCAUGGCGGAAGGCAGCCCAAGGAGGAAAGAGCAAACGGCGGUGCAUCCAGGCAUCAGCCCCACGUUGGGAGCCGUGGUUAGCGCG